GGAAACUGUUGAGGGAGGGGGGAGGGGGGACACAGAGGGAGGAAGAAGCGGCGGCGGCGGCUCCUCUUUGCAGAGGGGGAAAACUCCGAGGGAUAAGAGCAGGAAUAAUGCGGUAGGCAAGGCGGGCUGCUCGCUCCCGGCUCCCGGCUCCGGCAGCAGCAGCGGCAGCCCGAGCGGCGGCAGCAGCAGCGGCAGCACCUCCAGCAGCUGACAGCCCCGCCGGCAGGCUCCCUCGCUGACUGCCGACUGUCAAUGGAGCUGGAAAACAUCGUGGCCAACACGGUCUUGCUGAAAGCCAGGGAAGGGGGUGGAGGAAAGCGCAAGGGGAAAAGCAAGAAGUGGAAGGAAAUCCUGAAGUUUCCUCACAUUAGCCAGUGUGAAGACCUCCGAAGGACCAUAGACAGAGAUUACUGCAGUUUAUGUGACAAGCAGCCAAUUGGGAGACUGCUUUUCCGGCAGUUCUGCGAAACCAGACCUGGGCUAGAGUGUUACAUUCAGUUCCUGGACUCAGUGGCAGAAUAUGAAGUUACUCCAGAUGAAAAGCUGGGGGAAAAAGGGAAGGAAAUUAUGACCAAGUACCUCACCCCAAAGUCCCCAGUUUUCGUUGCCCAAGUUGGCCAGGACCUGGUCUCCCAGACAGAGGAGAAGCUCCUACAGAGGCCCUGCAAGGAACUCUUUUCUGCCUGUGCACAGUCUGUCCACGACUAUCUGAAGGGAGAGCCCUUCCAUGAGUAUCUGGACAGUAUGUAUUUUGAUCGCUUUCUCCAGUGGAAGUGGUUGGAAAGGCAACCGGUCACCAAAAACACUUUCAGGCAGUACCGAGUACUAGGAAAAGGGGGCUUUGGGGAGGUCUGCGCCUGCCAGGUUCGGGCCACGGGUAAAAUGUAUGCCUGCAAGCGCUUGGAGAAGAAGAGAAUCAAAAAGAGGAAAGGGGAGUCCAUGGCGCUUAACGAGAAGCAGAUCCUGGAGAAGGUCAACAGCCAGUUUGUGGUCAACCUGGCCUAUGCCUACGAGACCAAGGAUGCGCUGUGCUUGGUUCUGACCAUCAUGAAUGGGGGUGACCUGAAGUUCCACAUUUACAACAUGGGUAACCCUGGCUUUGAGGAGGAGCGAGCCUUGUUUUACGCGGCAGAGAUCCUCUGUGGCUUAGAAGACCUCCACCGGGAGAACACCGUGUACAGAGAUUUGAAACCCGAAAAUAUCCUGCUAGAUGAUUAUGGCCACAUUCGGAUCUCGGACCUGGGUCUGGCCGUGAAGAUCCCCGAGGGAGACCUGAUCCGCGGCCGGGUGGGCACCGUCGGCUACAUGGCUCCGGAGGUCCUGAACAACCAGAGAUACGGCCUGAGCCCUGACUACUGGGGUCUGGGCUGCCUCAUCUAUGAGAUGAUCGAGGGCCAGUCACCAUUCCGGGGCCGCAAAGAGAAGGUGAAGCGGGAAGAAGUGGACCGCCGGGUCCUGGAGAUGGAGGAGGUGUACUCCCAAAAGUUCUCCGAGGAGGCCAAGUCCAUUUGCAAAAUGCUGCUCACCAAAGAUUCAAAGCAGAGACUGGGCUGCCGGGAGGAGGGGGCUGCGGAGGUCAAGAGACAUCCCUUCUUCAGGAACAUGAAUUUCAAGCGCUUAGAAGCCGGGAUGUUGGACCCUCCCUUCAUUCCAGACCCCCGCGCCGUGUACUGCAAGGACGUGCUGGACAUCGAGCAGUUCUCCACCGUGAAAGGCGUCAACCUGGACCACACAGACGAUGACUUCUACUCCAAGUUCUCCACGGGCUCCGUGCCCAUCCCGUGGCAGAGCGAGAUGAUAGAAACCGAGUGCUUUAAGGAGCUGAACGUGUUCGGACCUAACGGUACCCUCUCACCGGACCUGAACAGAAGUCACCCUCCGGAACCGCCGAAGAAAGGGCUGCUUCAGAGAAUCUUCAAGCGUCAGCAUCAAAACAAUUCCAAGAGUUCACCCAAUCCCAAGACCAGUUUUAACCACCACAUAAAUUCAAACCAUGUCAGUUCAAACUCCACCGGAAGCAGCUAGUUGGAGCUCUGGCCUUGAAGUCCGCGGUGGGACCAGCCUAGACCCUUGUCCUUAGCAGCAGAACUUGUGGACCGGGAGCCCUCCAGGAGCCGGGAAGGAGGCCGGCUGCCUCCUUGACGCAGAGCCUCCAGGUUUCUCAAAGAGAUUUCCACUCAGGUCUGUCUCCAGAGGUGGCCCUCAAGCCGACGUGGAACAUUGCAAUAGAAAUCCAAUUGGAUACAACAACUUGCACGUAUUUUAAUAGCGUCAUACCUAGAACUGAAUUUUGUCUUUAUUAUUUUUAAAGAAAAGUUUUGUAAAUUUCUCUAUUGUCUCAGUUUACAUUUUGUAUAUUUGUAUUUAAAUGAAAGUCAGACUUUGAGGGUGUAUAUUUUCUGUGCAGCCACUGUUAAGCCAUGUGUUUUAAGGCAUUUUAGAGUGGGGGGGGGGGGGGGGAUUUAC